GAAAGCGAAAACCGUCAGAAACAUCUGUAGUCCAUUUUUCUUUUCUUAAAGUAAGGGUUAUUUCACUUUGAGAACGAAACAGCAACAAUAAAACAAAAAUUACAUAUGUAUCUAUUAAAUAUUUAUUAAAUAAAUCAAAUAUGAAUAGAAAAAAUUUGAGAAAAAACUUACUACCAAGGACUCUGGCAGAUACCUGUUGUGUCCUAUUCAUCUUUACUUUUAUUCCAUUAACUUUUAUAUUUGAGAUGUGUAUAGUAUUGCCCGCAUUUCAUGAAACAGGAAGCUAUAUGUUUAUACUAACUUGGUUGCUUGGUACUUUUCUAUUAUUUAAUAUCGUCGGAAAUUUCAUGUUUUGCGUGUUGGAAGAUACUAGCAUAAAGACCAUUAUGUUGACACCACCCACUGAGGUAGAGUUACGACGUUACUGGCGGUUGUGCAGUAAAUGUGAAAUUUUAACACCUCCUCGUUCAUGGCAUUGUGAAAGUUGCGAUACUUGCAUUUUAAAACGGGAUCAUCAUUGCGUUUUUACCGGCUGUUGUGUGGGUCAUAGGAACCAACGUUAUUUUCUUAUGUUUAUUGUACACAUCAUUCUUGGUACAUUUUACGCUUUGUGCUACAAUUCGGCGUAUUUCUGGUGGCUACAUAAGGAAACCUUCUUGGAUUUAAGAACUGCUGUCAAAAUGAUAUGUCCGUUAAUGACAUUUUUAGCAGAAUUUUCUUGGACCAAUAUUUAUUUAGUCAUUUAUGAAAUUAAUGUAAUUGCUUUGAUUUAUACCGGAGUGCUACUGUUUUUCCACGGCUCGAACAUUUUGAAGGGUGCUGUAUCGUAUCAUGAACGUCAAACGGCUAAAUAUGAUAUGGGUUGGAGGAAAAAUCUAAUAAUGGUUAUGGGAAAUCGGUGGCAUUUGGUAUGGUUGUCGCCAUUUUUAGAUAGCCAAUUACCUCAUGACGGUGUACAUUGGGAAAAAUUCUUACAAACUUCAACGAAAAAUCGUUGAAUAUUUUCCUUUUCAGAAUUUUUUAAACAAACCUCGUCGUUUCUAAUCUACGGUAGCACAGUAAACGUGAAUAAGAUUUCUAGCCAAUUUUGAAUCCGAAAUGAAAGUUUUUUUAAAAAAGUUUCGCAUUUUAAGAAUUGUUAUUAUAUUUAUAAUUUUCUAU